UCUUUUUACAGGCAUGUUGCUUUAGAAGUUGUGCAAUUUUUUUCUUCUUGUGGAUUUCCCCUUUUCUUCUGCAAAUUUUGUACAAAAAUAACAUAUGACGUGUUGCAAGAAAAAAAAAAAUUAUAAAAGAAAGUCACUUUUAAAAUCGCUGCAUACUGCUUUCCAAAUACUUUGGGGGCUACACAGCUCUGAGGCAGUUAAAGAGACAUAAGAGAGGAAUGGGGACUGUGGUCUGUUUUUUACAAGAAUAACUAUCAGAAAUGCUUUUAUAUAAUAUAUGAAAUAACUAUUUAGUGGUAAGGAAUGGAUGAAACUGCUAAAACAGUGCUAGAGAAUAACAAAGCUCAUAUUAAGAUUAACAUGAGAAUAGAUGAAGAGAUUUUAGAUGCACUUGAAGCAACUAGAACUCUAAAUCAUGAGGAAAUUGAAGAUAUACAGGCUGAAAGAACUGACACUAGAAAGAUCUCAAUGUUACUGCGUAUACUACCAAGAAAAGGACCACAUGCUUUUCAAAGUUUCGUGAAUGCUAUAAUCACAGAUUACCCAUUUCUUGCUGAAGAACUUAUUGAGGAAUACCACGAAAUAAAAAGAAGCCAUACCAACAAUGAUGAAAAAGAACUGGAGGUUCCUUAUGUUCCUGAGGAAAACAGUACACAUAGUGAUGAAACAAAACUGAAGGCCAUUUAUGGUUCUGAAGAAAGCAGUACCAAUAGAGAUGAAACAGAACUAAAGGCCAAUCAUGUUCCUGAGGAAAGCUGUACCAAAAGUGAUGAAACAGAAUUGAAGGCGUAUGUUCCUGAGGAAAGUGGUACCAAAAGAAGUGAAACAGAACUGAAGGCCAAUCAUGUUCCUGAAGUAAGCUGUACCAAAAGUGAUGCAACAAAACUGAAGGCCAAUCAUGUUCCUGAGGUAAGCAGUACUAUUAGAGAUGAAACAGAACUGAAGGCUUAUGUUCCUGAGGUAAGCGGUACCAAAAUUGAUGAAACAGAACUGAAGGCCAAUGAUGUUCCUGAGAAAAGCAGAAAAAAUAGCAAUCAAGAGAAAAGCAUUACAAACAGCAAUCAAACAGAAAAUCCUGAGGAAAGCAGAAGCAACAGCAAUGAAGACCAGAACGCAAUAAAUAACCUCCAGGAAAGCAUAAGAGCCCUUCAUCGUGCCCCUACGUAUGCUAGCAUGUCUAUGCACUCUGAUCAUAAUUCAACACAAUCCCAUCUUAAUAUUAUCUAUAUGAUGUUGAAAAUGCAUCUUAUCUUCAUGAAUGAAAGGGAAGAUUUCUUUGGUAGCCCUGAAUUAGCUACUUUUGUCAUGAUAAAGCCUCUCCUAGAAAAGGUCAUUGAUCUUGGACAAGAAAGUUACAGGCUUGUCAGAGGAGCACAUAGAGUCUCUUUGAAAAGAUGCAUUGAAACAAUGAGAACAGAAAAUACCAACCUGCAGGGCAGACUACUGGAAAGGGAACAGCGGAUCCAAAAAUAUGCCAACAAAAUACGCCUGCUUGAAACAAAAAUCCAAGAUUAUGAAGCUCAGUUAAGACAGAAAGACAAUAGAUUAAACCAAAAGGAAUCUGAACUUGAAGAAGCUAGAAGCAUAAUUCAGACACUGGAAUCACAACUUGAAAACGCUGAAAGUAGUUUACGGGCAAAACAAGAAGAAUUUGAUACAAAUAACAUGAAACUUACAGAACUCACAGAGGAAAAUAAAGAACUAAAGAAAAAAGUUGCUGCAAAUGAAAACAUAGAACACAUUCAAAAUUAUAGAAAUAGAUCAACAAGAUAUAAUAAUGUAAGGGGAAGAAGGAAGCCAUCAAAUGAUCAAAAUCUUGGGAUAUCUGGUUUUCAACUACAAAAAAGGUUAUGAAAUAGACCUCAAAUUACAGAACAAUUAUUUUCAAACAUUAUAAGUUCAAGCUCAAAGAGUAGUUCAUGUUAACACCAGAGCAGGUUUGCAAUAUUUCAUUUAAAUGUCUACUAAUUUCGGUCAAUACUUAACCUUCAUCAGGACAAAUAAAUUCUUAAGUUUUUGCUAUUGAAGUAUGUUAAAAAUGGCUAAACUUUAUUAAUUGUUUGUCACUAAAAUUAAACAUAAUGUUACUUAAUAAAGAAUUUAUUUGGGCUAAAUCCUAAUAGUCUGUAUAGCAGAGAAAAGGUCUUAACUGGUGGUGAAUAGUCCAUAUAUUCUAUGACAUUGAUGAUUUGCUCAUUGUUAUUGUUGUACAUUAGAUAUUCAUCAUGGCUGCUGUUGUUUCUAUGCUUUUCAUGCUGGUAAUGGUGAAAUUGGUUGGGGUAUUUUAUAUGUCAUAUUGUCUCUAUAUUCUGUUUUGCCAUUUACUUCCUUAUGUGUAUUUUAUGUGCUUUUUUGUAUUUUCUGAUCGCAGAUCAGAUAAUACAUAGCUAACAUCCACGGUCUCACACAUUAUUUCCUAACAGUCCUAACAACGCAAAUUAGUUCUCACUCAAAACGGCUUAAAAACCAGCAAUUUAAAAGAAAGAACAAUUUUUUGUUACAAGUGUGCAACAAAUUACUACACCUUCAAACUUUUAAAGUAGCGUUGGCUUAUAGAGUUGUCAAUAAAUGCACACUCACAAAUUACGCGGAUGAAUAUGAUUUUAAUCAAUGAAAAUGCUAUUUUUAGCGAUGUCGAUUACCGAAUACUACACAAAUAAAUCUGACUGCUGAGUAGUUGAAUAUAUAGUUUCUACAUGUUGGACUGUUUGGGCGAGAAGAUUUUUGCUUCAAUUUUAAACAAUUCAAAAUUACCCUAACCCGAAAUGCGAUGGAAAUUCUAAAUUUAGAAUGACUUGAUUUUAUUCAGCGUUGAUUUUAUAACUUCUCUGUGGUGCAUGGGUA